AUGAUAAUUACUUGUGGGAAGGGUGGAAAGAAAGGAAAAAGGAGGCAUCUGAAGAAAUGUCAUCGAAGUUCCACAACCUGCGUCUCUUCAGCAGCUUCCAGUGAAGACCAUGCUAAAUUUCUGGAAUGCAAUGAGCAUGAAACUGGUGUGCAGUCAUUUUCAGGAAGAUGUGGUCCAACUAUAGCCAGGGCUGGUCCUGAGUUUUCAAAGGCCUAG